CUUAUUACAUAUUUUUUUUUUCUUUUUUGUACGGGCACCGAACCCUAAGAAUAUUCACGUUUUCGGCCAAAAAAAAGUGAACCCAUUUCGAUUUCAUCUCUGUUUGAAGAAACUAGAAAAAAAGGACCCAGCUUUUGAGUUAAAGUUUCAUUUUUUAGGGGGUUUUCUUAUUUCUUUUUUGAGUAAUUUUUGUUGGAGUUAUAAGUGAUGGCUUAUGCAUCUCACAUCAUCAAUCACUCUAAGAAGUUAAGGUAUGCUUCCAGUUUACUGCAGCAUGAGCAUGGUGUUCUGGCUCGUUGGUUUUCAAAUGAUGCUGUCAGUAAGAGAGAUGAUCUUUUAAAGCUUCGCCAUCAUAGCAAUGCUUCUGUGGAGAGGGAAAUGGUCUUUAAUUCAACUGUCAAUUGCACCGUAUCAUCAAUUGGUGCAUUGAAGAAAAAUCUUUCAAGUACAACAAGAUUAGCAGGAAAUACAGUGUUUGGAAUAUUUUCAAAUGAGGGAUUUUCAUGUUCUCAGGUACGCUCAAGGAGGGGGUUUGCAUCUAAUUCAGGUCUUCCUCCACACCAAGAGAUUGGAAUGCCCUCUCUUUCACCUACAAUGACAGAGGGAAAUAUUGCUAGGUGGUUGAAAAAAGAAGGUGAUAAAAUUUCUCCUGGUGAAGUUCUAUGUGAAGUUGAAACUGAUAAAGCAACAGUUGAGAUGGAAUGCAUGGAGGAAGGUUAUCUUGCCAAGAUUUUGAAGGGAGAUGGGUCCAAAGAAAUUAAAGUUGGUGAGGUAAUUGCUAUUACCGUUGAGGAUGAGGAGGACAUCGACAAGGUUAAAGAUUACAGUCCCUCAGUGUCGGAUGCUGGUGCUGCUGCACCUAAAGAGCCUUCUCCUCCCCCGCCAAAGCAGGAGGUGGUUGAAAAACCAGUUAGUUCGCCUGAGCCUAACAUCUCCAAACCCAGUGCAGCUCCUGCUGGAGAUCGUAUUUUUGCCAGUCCUCUUGCUAGAAAAUUGGCAGAAGAUAACAAUGUUCCUCUUUCUAGCAUCAAGGGCACUGGUCCUGAUGGACACAUUGUAAAGGCUGAUAUUGAAGAUUAUUUGGCUUCUCGUGGGAAAGAAGUUUCAGCUAAAGCUCCUAAGGCUAAGGAAGGAACAGCUGCAGCUUUGGACUAUGUGGACAUUCCUCAUUCUCAAAUAAGAAAGGUUACUGCUUCACGCUUAUUGUUUUCGAAGCAAACUAUCCCACAUUAUUACUUAACAGUAGAUACAUGUGUUGACAAACUUAUGGGUUUGCGGAGUCAGUUGAAUUCCUUACAAGAGGCUUCUGGUGGGAAACGUAUAUCUGUCAAUGAUCUUGUUAUUAAGGCUGCAGCCUUGGCUCUGCGGAAAGUUCCUCAGUGCAACAGUUCCUGGACUGACAAUUAUAUCCGCCAGUACAACAAUGUAAAUAUCAAUGUAGCAGUGCAGACAGAUAAUGGACUCUAUGUCCCUGUUGUCAGGGAUGCGGACAAGAAAGGCUUAUCUACAAUUUCUGAAGAGGUCAAACAAUUGGCCCAAAAAGCCAAAGAAAACAGUUUAAAACCAGAAGAUUAUGAGGGAGGCACAUUCACAGUAUCCAAUUUGGGAGGACCAUUUGGCAUCAAACAAUUCUGUGCCAUUAUAAAUCCUCCUCAAUCUGGCAUUCUAGCAGUGGGAUCUGCCGAAAAGAGAGUUAUACCUGCUGCAGGCCCAGAUGAAUACAAAUUUGCCUCAUUCAUGUCAGUAACGUUGAGCUGUGAUCAUCGUGUAAUAGACGGUGCAAUUGGUGCAGAAUGGCUAAAAGCAUUCAAAGGAUACAUUGAGAAUCCGGAGUCUAUGUUGCUCUAAAUCAAACUCUGUUUUUGACUUUUCCCCCCAAUUUAUAAAUUCAAGUGCUCUUCUCCCUCUGUAUCAGUUUAGAUGAGGAGACUUUGAGUUCAUCCCAGAAGUAGUUUGGAAGGAGGCUUCAGUUGACAUGAUUUUGUCAGUGUGGAAGGCAUUGUGUUUUCUCACAAAAACAAAGUUGAAAUGUUUUUUCAUUUUUUAAUAAGGUAGAGGGGUUAGAGGCAUGAAACUAUAAACAUGAUUUUGCUGAGUGUAAUUUAGCCCCUUUGUAUUUCUGAAUAAAUCUAGUUGUUAUGUUGUCAUGGCA